AUGCUAUUCAAUACUCUACAUUGUUUUAUUCUACAACUGAUUGUAUUAUUGUCAUUCAUUGCUGGAACUGAUCAGAAUGUUGUCGCAAAUAGUGAUAUUGUCGUAAGUAAUGGUGACAAUGCAUUCCUUCCUCACAUUUUCAGGUUCCUAUACAAAAAUGAACAGUUAUUCCAAGCAAACUGUACUAUCGAACUGCAACGAUUAUUGGCUACUUCUGCAUUCACUAAUACAACUCCUACCACAGCCACCAAUAUUACUCCUACAAACAUUAUCACUAUUAGCAAUAUUACCACCAUAAAUAACACUAAUAAUGCUAUCAUGUAUCAUAAAAGUAAGAAUGAAGUAUGGAACGAACUACAUAGAAGAUUUCGUACAAAUCGUAGUGACAGUAGUGACAGUAAAAUGACCGAUGCGAUACUUCAGCUAAUGCCUGAAAUGUGGAAUGGUCAUAGUGAGAAACGGAAGAGAACUCAGUUUAAAAGAAAAUUUCAUGGUAAGCUUAUUAAAAAUCAAAAGGCUAUCUAUGGUUAUAGAAUGGAUAAAUAA